AUGAAAGAAUUAGUGGGAAGAUCACGAAAUGAAAGGAAGCUUGAUGGAAUUUACAAUAAACAAAGGGAGGCACUCCUGCAACAGUACAGAAACCAAAGAGAAAGAAACAAUGAUAUAUAUGCCAAUUUAAACAAAAGGAAGGCCAAUGAGACUAUUCCCUUCCCAGAAAUAUAUGAGAAAAAAAGAAAAAGUGACAAACUGAAAGAGGUGGAGAUAUCUAAAAAUAGUAAAAACAAGAGAGGAGAUAAUGUGAAGGGAGAAGAACAAACCAAACAAUUGGAUAACGCAAAUGAGAAAAAUAAACGAAGUAAUAACAACGUUACUCUAUUUAAAGGGAUCCAUAUGAUUAUAUAUAGAUAUAUUUUUUCAAAAAACAAGUUCGUUAAAAGUGUAAAUUUAUUCAUAAAUCUCUGCAUUAACUAUCUUAAUAAUGAAAAUAAAAAUGUUUUCUUUUUUGCCUUUGAUAAAAUAGUGGAAGUUUUCCUUCGGAAUUAUAUCCACGAUGAUGAUGGACACACAACAACACACAACAUCUACACGGUUUAUAGUGAGGACGAGCUCCACAUAAAAUGCAUGGUUUCUCUUUUUGACAAGGUCAUUAACAAAAUUAUAGACAAUCGAUUUCAAAUAAACACGAAUACCUCUAAGUCGGACGAAGCAGGAAAUAAUGAUAUGCAAUCUACCAACAUGGAUGGUAAGAUGAAAGAGCCCCUCAAUAGGGACGGAGUUAUUGAAGCCACGCAAUGCAAUGACGAAGAGGGGAUACCCAAUCGAGCACCCCCCCAAGGAACACCACAGUCAAAAACCGUAGAUCUAACGAAACAGGAAAAAAAAUAUCUUAAAGCUCUUAAAAUUAAAGUGUACUACCUCAUCAUUUUGUACAAGCUUAAUGAUAAUUUUAUUUUCAAUAAAUUAAUUAGUAUAUAUAGACAGAUUUGGGAGGAGCUACUGACGGAGUAUGAACAUUUUGAUGAGGCUGUGUGUGAAGAGAGAAGGAAGAAACCCGCACCGGGGGGAGAGAAUACCACAUUAAGUGAAGGUGAUGAUAUGACCACCUCCGAUGCUGCGGAUAGCGCACACGAACUGGCAGAUGAUGAGAACUUCCUGCACCUCCAGGACAAGUGGACCCUACCGGACGACUACGAACUUUUUAAGAUAAAACGAAGUGCAUUCGUUAAGUGUAUGUCGAAAGUAUUUAACUUUAUCCAUGUCAAAUGGGCCAGUACCUUGGUGGAGAGCCUGCUUUUAGAUGUGUAUUUUAAAAGACAUAUUUUUGAUACAUGUGAUGAAAUAGUCAUUGAGAAGCUUCAAUCUGCAGCGAAAGUAAAUAUGAACAAAAGAAAAAUUUCUACUCAUUCACCCCAUGUUUUAUCCAUAGGAGAAUCUCUAAAUCCGGUGGUGGAUGCUCGGGCCGAGAAAAUAGUGUCUCUCCAUGGUUCACACGUUUGGUCCACGAAGCAGAUGGAGCGCUAA